AACGGCUCGACUCGCGAUAGCCGUUAUCCAACCAAUAUGGCCUCCGCCACAGCCAAUGCUACAGCGAGGCCCGUUUCGGAUGUCAGCAACCCCCCAUGUCCGGACCCCUCGGCGCACGUCAAAGACACAGCGACAAGGCUGCAAGACCAGGCCUCGACCGCUGCCCUUUACGUCACCCGCCCUGGCCCUCCCCAGAUUAACCCCCUUGGCCCAGACGGAAAGCUCUCUUCUGCCAGUGCCGCGACAUCGCUCAAAUACGCAAAACCCCAAGACCUUCCCAGCUAUCCUUCGCUCGGCUUGACUCCUGCCAAUUCUGCCAGCUCAGCUGCGCUUCUCGCCGCGGGAAACAAGACUAAAAUCGAAUGGUGGAAGCCCGAAGCCUCGGACAACGCAGCAAGAGCGGCCUUUUUAGCCAAGGACUACAAGAUGCAGCCCAUGUGGCAGCCCGAGCUGAGCUCCGCCGGCUCCAAAGCCGCGCUCCUCGCCCACAGAGACGGUGGUAAGCUGAACCUGUGGACGCCCGAAGCCUCGCCGGAGGGCAACUCCGCCGCGCAUCUUGCCAUGCGCAACAAAAAGCCCAGCCCGCAGACGGACUACGGCUACACUCCAACAGGCAAGAAGAACGCCCUCACUGCGGCGACCGGCGCCAUGUCUGCGGGUCGGAAUAGGUCAGGCUCUACCCUUUUGCCACUGCCCGCGUAUCCGGAUGCGGCGAACUCUGCGCACAAUUCGCUCAAUGCCGCCACGGUUGCACACAGACCGUCAGUGAAGCAACGGAAGCCCGCUGAGUCUGCGAACCGCGUCAGCUCGGAUGCUAUGGAGUCGGCGCGCAUUACCCAUGCUGGAAAUAACGUUCCGAAAGAAAUGUACGGCUCCACGCCGCCCGUGUCCAUCGAGACGGACGAAAAGAAGCGCCAGGACGCGCUCCGGGCGUCGGCCAUUGUGAUGGCGAAGAAGAUGUACGAAAUGCAGCAGCGCCAUAUAGAUGAAGCGGCCGGAAACAGUACUGCCGAGAUUGGAGCUCGUGCAUCCAGUGCCCGGUCGCAAUCCGUAUCAAGCUCUGUGGACCUUAGGACGCAGGCGAUGCAAUACAUCAACUUGCAAGAGCAGGCUCAGAAGCUAGCAGCAGAGCGCCUUGCAAAAAUUAACCCCGACGAGUCGGCCGCCUUUCGAAGUUACUACGGCUAUGGAAACGAGCCAAGCCGCAAGAGACUCUCAGUCCGGCGAGGCAGGCGUCGAGCCUCUAGUGAAGGCGAAGUGGGUAGCGACUCGGAUGACGAGAUGCGGUCUCGGCGCAUCCGGAACCAGAUGUCUCACUUCAACAGCCAGCUGAAAGACGUGGACGCGAUGAAGAGACAGAGAGACCGGGACAACCUCCUCGCAGCAGCAGAGCGCAAAGUGCAUGCCCAAAUGCACGACAUGGACGAACGCGUCUUCAUGGAGACGGGGAAAGUCACACCUGCAAUGAUGGAAGAGUGGGAGGCCAAGGCUCGCGUCAAAGCCGCACAGGAGAGUGAGACGCGCAUGCAGAACCAUGGCAAGGUCCACGUGGGCGGUGGCAGGUUUCUUGAUCAGGCUGAGAUUGAUGCCAUUGCUGCUGGAAAAGUCCAGCCGACGCUGGACCAGAUCAACGAAACUGCCGAAUUGCACCGCGCUCGCGACGAAGAGAAGCGUCUCGACGAAGCGGAACGCAAGCGUCUUGCGAACGUUGAAAAGGAAAGAGAGACAUCGUUCAAGGCAGAGGUGAAGCGUACAAGGGAGGACGAGAAGAUCGCAGCGAAGCUUCGCAAGUCCGAAGAAAAAGCCGCGGCCAAAGACAAGAAAGAGGCGGAAAAGGCGCGCCGUGAAGAGGAGAAGCGGUUGCGCAGGGAAGACAAGCGCAGGUCCGUUCAGCACGACGAACAACGCCUCUCAGUCGACGAAGGGCCCCUCGCGCACGUCGAGGCGCAUCCAAAGCCGCCCACUCCCGAGCGGGCAAUCCACGCCAGGGACACGGGACUGGAGCGCCCGGCUCCACCGACGACGGUGCCCAGCUACCACCCGCACGUCGAAGCCAUUGGCGGGGUCGACUCGUCUGAAGAAGAAGACGGAGAGGAUGAUCGUGGCGUACACCAGCACCAGCAUCAUCAGCGCGGCGCCUCAACGACCACAGACCGCCCCUCUGCCUACGAAGUCACUGGCGCCCUGCCACCUGCUCAACAGCACACCGACGACGCUACCCCCGCAACCGCCACCUCGCCCACCAGCCCCACAUCCAAAGACCGCGGCUUCAAGUCCCUCUUCUCGCGUCUGAAGCGUCGCUCCCGCGGCAGCGCACCAGGCACCAUAGCCACAACAGCAGCGACAGCAGACGCGCCCGCCUCUUCGCCCACCACCACCGCCGCCGUCGCUGUCCCUGCCACCACGACCACGCCCACGGCAGCCCACGCGACGCCGAUGACGCCUGCGUCGGCAGGUGCGGCGCCCCGGGCCCGCGAGCGCAGCGUCAGCAUCAGUAGCCUGAGCAGCAGCUUGCCGGACGAGCACGACAGCGACAGCGACUACGAUGUCGACCACCACCACCAUGGCCACCAUCACGACGCCACUGCCGCUACCGCUACCGACGCACGCGGGAGGACUAGAGCCACUAGGUCGCCGCCGAGCGUGAGCAGUGCGGAGGAAGAGGAGGAAGACGAGCAUUUCGAAGAAGCGCGGGACGGGUUCGACGAGGCGGGGCUGGCGCCGCCGAUGCAGGGGAGGUUUGGUGGAGGGGGGAGUGGGAGUGCGAGGGGCAGUACUAGUGGGAGCGUGAGCCCGGUUAGGGAGACGAGGUUUCGUGAGGGGUUUUAGUGUGGAUUGGUUGAGGGGGAGUGGGGAUGGGGUGGGGGUUUUCUUGGUUUGUUUGGUUGGUUGAUUGAUUGAUUGAUACCUAUACUCUGUUUUGUCUGGUUGGUUGGUUGGCUGGUUUGUGCGCUGCGGGGUGUGUUGUUGUUGUUGUUGUUGUUGUUGUUGUUGUUGUUGUUGUUGGUGUGGUUACUGUACCUAUCCUAUGUCGUGUCCUGUCAUGUUGCGUUUGAUUCGACCUGUUCUUCUCUGAUAGUCUCCUUUUUCUCCUUUUUCUUUUUUCGGAUGGAUAAACGAAUACAGCGACUGGACGAAUGAUGAUUGAGCAACGAGGACGCGCCAGUACCGUAUGUAGGUUAGGUAGCACUCAAUAGCAGGAG